AUGGUCGGCAAGCGGAUUUGUCGAGCAGUGUUGUCGAGCUUGGGAUCCUACUGCUUCAUCCCAUCAUCCUACUUCAUCCCAUCAUCCUACUGCUUCAUCCCAUCAUCCUACUUCAUCCCAUCAUCCUACAGCUUCAUCCCAUCAUCCUACUGCUUCAUCCCAUCAUCCUACUGCUUCAUCCCAUCAUCCUACUUCAUCCCAUCAUCCUACUGCUUCAUCCCAUCAUCCUACAGCUUCAUCCCAUCAUCCUACAGCUUCAUCCCAUCAUCCUACUGCUUCAUCCCAUCAUCCUACUUCAUCCCAUCAUCCUACAGCUUCAUCCCAUCAUCCUACUGCUUCAUCCCAUCAUCCUACCGCCUCAUCCCAUCAUCCUACUGCUUCAUCCCAUCAUCCUACUUCAUCCCAUCAUCCUACUGCUUCAUCCCAUCAUCCUACCGCUUCAUCCCAUCAUCCUACUGCUUCAUCCAAGACACCUCCACACAUCUUUUC